GUCCCUUAGAAGUAUAAACCGGAUCGGUUCAUGGACGGUUCGUCAAGCAUAUCCUCUGAAGAUUUUCCUAGGCAAUCUAGAAGCAAACAAGAUCCCCAAAAUCUCCGUCUUGUUUCGCCAAAUUCUCCUCUUAUCCAGGUACUCUAUCCCGCAUAAUUCUAUUCGAUUUCCCUGGAACCGCUCUUUCUUACAAAACUUAAUCGCAAAAGAGAACUGAAAUUACUCUGUAUUUUUCCAGAUUUGAAGAAGACGACCAAGAAAAGAAAUGGCAACUUCGAAGAAAGUGAUCACACGUGAAGAAUGGGAGAAGAAGCUGAACGCUGUCAAGCUCAGGAAAGAAGACAUGAACACUCUCGUCAUGAAUUUCCUCGUCACUGAAGGUUUUGUUGAAGCUGCUGACAAAUUCCAAAGAGAGUCUGGAACCAAACGUAUCCUUUUCUUUCUUUUGUGUGAUUUUCACUUGUGUUUAGUUAAAGUUUCUUUCUUCCUUAAUGGAGAAACAGCAGAGAUAGAUCUUGCAACCAUCACUGAUCGAAUGGCUGUUAAAAAAGCUGUUCAAAACGGUAACGUCGAGGAUGCUAUUGAGAAAGUUAAUGACUUGAAUCCUGAGAUUCUUGACACAAAUCCGGAACUCUUCUUUCAUCUCCAGCAGCAAAGGCUGAUUGAACUUAUUCGGCAAGGGAAGACUGACGAAGCCUUGGAGUUUGCUCAGGAGGAACUUGCACCACGUGGCGAAGAAAACCAAGCGUUUCUGCAAGAACUGGAAAAAACGGUAGCCUUGCUUGUUUUUGAAGAUGCUUCUAACUGCCCUGUUAAAGAUCUUCUUGACGUUUCCCACCGUCUUAAGACAGCAAGUGAAGUGAAUGCAGCAAUUCUCACAAGCCAGAGUCAUGAAAAAGAUCCCAAACUUCCAAGCUUGUUGAAGAUGCUUAUCUGGGCUCAGAACCAGCUGGAUGAGAAAGCAGUGUAUCCGCACAUCAAUGAUCUGUCUACUGGACUGCUCCAAGACCCGUCAGAAUAACUGCAAAAGGGAACAAUCAAUGGUGUCCUCUCCAAUUUCAAUCUCAAUAAGUCAAUAUUCAUUUGCUUUUAGCGAAUGCUUUCCCUUUUUCUCCUGCGUUGGGAUGGAACUGUUUAGGAUGUGUGGAGGGGAACAUGAAAGCUGUUUGUAGGCAAUGAAAUACUCUAGUCAACAUAUUCCAUGACUCAUUGCAUGUGUCCAUUGGAUAUGAAUGAACCUUUCCUUGUUUGGAUCUAUAUGAGUUUGUUUUGAGGAAUUUGUGUUCUGUAAGGUCCGAAUUUGUAAACAGGUAGAGAGGGCUUGUUGCUCUUGACAUGUGAGAUGGAUCAAUAAAUCACAUGUAUAGUCCUGUUCUUCUGGUACUGACAGCUUUGAGUCUUACGAUAAUUUACCGAUGUGGCACAUGAUACAGUUUAAGGAUCAUCUAAAUACACUAUUUACCCCACAUCGGUAAAUUAUAUAUCGAUGAAAGGUAUAUAAGCAGUGG